CCCACUCCCACGUGUGACUUUCGUUCAACCUCCUUCGCACGAGUCCAGUCUCCGGUUUACUUCGACCGGCCUGCCUUUUCCAUCCUUCGAAACACAAAUUGAAAGCUAUGAUGCCCUUGACCCUGAAUUAAGAAGUAUCCUUAAUGUUUUGCAGGGGAAUGGGAGGUCCAAUUUUUGUAUAUGUGUAGGGAAAAUAACCUAUGCGCUGAUACUCUGGCUAAACAAGCCUCAGAUGUACUUAGAUGUACAUAGGGGUGUAUGUUUUUUUGAUGAUCCCCCAGGCUCUAUAGCCUUGUUAGUAGAGGCUGAAUUGGUUUCACCCUCUGUUUUGUAUAUGUAAUCUGAGUUUAGCCGCCAGGCUAAACGGUUUACCAAAAAAUUGAAAAAAAUUGCUCCAACGUGUACCUCCGUCCAACGUGUUUUCGACCGCAGCGAAUUUGUCUUCUUCUCUUGUCAUCUUCCUUCCAAGGCGGAGUCGCACGUGAAGGAGUCCCUCCCCCUUGUAACCGGCGGAUUUCAACGCUUGCCCGAAAUGGUGGGUUAUGGAAUUAUUGUCUGCUGGAUUCUUGUGUGCUAUCUUCGGAGUUUAUUCAAGAAUACCAUGUCCUGGAAUUUGGCAAUCCUUAUAGUGCUGAUAAUGUUCUUCACAUUUCUUACUUCGUCUAUACCGUUCUGCAGAUCCGGCCAUCUACUGUUGCAAGGUAAUCAUAUCUAAUCUGUAAUUUUUAGCUUUCUGGCUUCACGUUUUUGGAUCCCUGCAUCUUUGGGAAUUGAACCAUCUUUGUUGUCUGAAACGUUAUAUUCGUCGUUACUCAUCUACUGCAAUGCCCUUUGUUCUUUUUUUGUUGUUUAAAUUGCUACGAGAGUCUUCCGUUCAACCAGAUUGAAUACCUCGUCCUAUGCAUUUUACUGUUUGUCCCUCUAAUUCGUGAAAAAAUGAAUUCUUUAAUCACUGCUUCAAAUGAAUUCAUUUAAUGGUGGAGAUGUCAGUCUUUAGUAGCUUCCAUCCCUAUGAGAAUGGGUUUUUUCGUUCUCUGCUUCAAAAUAAUUAAUUCAGUGAUAACGAUGUCAGGAUUUGGUAGCUUCGUCCUUCUGCUUAUAAGCAGUGUAUUUUCCAUGGAUAGAAACUUUUUGAUUUUUUUUUAUAGCCCUUCUUUUAAGUUAAACUUUCAAUCAUUAGAUCUGUUCCUCGAUGUACAGUGAAACACAAUGUGAAAAGAGUGAAACACUACACAAACUAUAUGCAAACUUUAUGCAAACUAUUUUUUUUUAAUAUUUUCUAGAUCCUUCUUCGUUAUUCGUUGUUUUGGUUACCCUGUUAUUUGAUCAUUUGUAGAAUGUGCUUUUGAUGGUUUUUUUCUUUUCCGUCUGCUCGUUCUUGGUUGCUUUCUUCCCUUCUUCACAAAUGUAUUCCUGUUUAGGCCUCCUGUUUCUUGGCUUUUUCUAAAGUCUUCUCCUUUGAUUACCCUCUUCAAUAUCCAGUUUGGUUCUUCUUUAAAUAUUUCUGUUACCAUGUUUUUCCAGCUGCUAGUUGUUGUUUUGCGCGUGUGCUUUGUUGGUCCCUUUGCUUUCAGAUCCGUGCUCUUCCUCCAUCUGCAACUCAAGUAUGUUCAGCUGUUGCACUUUCACAUAUGCCAUUGAAAAACUUCUUAUGAUUUGCUCUUUUUUCUCGCCCACUCUUUUUUAGUUUUUAGCUCUAUAUAAAUUUAUGGUUGCAUCUGGUAGUUGGUGUCCUGUGAAUGUCUUCAUUGAUUUCCAAAUGUGUUUCUUUUAGUUUGUGUUGUUGUUGUUGACUUUUUAUACAUGCGCUCGCGUGUAUUCUUCCUGCGUUUCUUCGUGCACGUCCCGUACAUGCUAUUUAGUAAUGUAGUUCCGCAUCCCUUAUUGCUUCCUCUAAAGAUAUGGAGGGAUCUCCGGUGCCUGUGUAAAAUGUUACUCUCUGAGUUCCAGUGGCGUGCAGACUGCCACUAAAAGAAAACGGAACAAUAGAUACUGUGACGCAUCUAGCGUUGAAUCCUCCGCUUUACUGGCUACGUUUAACAUCCCCGGGGCUCUUGUCGCCCCCAAAACUGAUAAGGUUGCUGAGAAAAAGGUGCGCAGGUGGGGGCUAUGCCCGACGUGUUUCAGAUAUGUCAGCAGAAAAGAAACAGCAAAUCCUUGCUCGUAGAAGGAAUUAUAUGCUCUGAAAAAAGAAAGGGGAUGCAGUGGCGAUGUGACUCGUCUUGUAAAUACUGUUUCUUGCAACAGUACUCCCCUUCUUGUCGCUUCUCCUUUGACACGACUUCAGAAUUUCCCUUGCGCUUCUGAAGCACCCUUGCAACAAAAUCCCGCCUUGGCUGGUUAUUCCUCAUCGGCAUGCCAACCAACAACUAAGACUGUCGGCCCUGUUGUUGCUCCAGCAUCCAUUCAUGUGGCUGGUGUAUAUCAGUCCAUGGAUAGUCCCAAAAACUCUCACGUUAGUGAUGCAGUUCGUGCCAUUCCUUCUGCUUCACAGUCUGAUUCUCCUGGCACCUCUUCCUGGCCUGGUUCCUUGGGUGGUCCCAACUCAUGGUCUCCCAGGAAAUCCCGCCCGGUGAAUCGCACAUCAGCCACAGCGAGCUAUACGCUCAAAGAGGAAACAACUUCCUGGUCUGAAGCAGACUUCACUGCAUCUUGUUCUGCUGGCCAGUCUUCUCAAGUUCCAGGUGUCCAGGAGAGUGUUCAGUCGUAUGAUUCAGCUAACCUUUUUCCACUUAGCUCAGAAGGUAACCUCACUACUUGUUGCAUCUUUCAACCAUUUUUUUAUGCUUUGCUCUUCGCUUAUGUACAUCACUAUUGAUAACAGAAUAUAAUCAGGAGGCCACAACAAGUAUGUGCUUGGAUUCAAACCUUGUAGCAACUGGUCCUGUGGAGACAGAUUACACGAGUGAUGAUCGCAAGGCGAAGCGAGAGAGGACAGCAUAAAGAUUGUCUUGUUUCAUGAAGAUUGACAAAUACUUUUGAGAACCCAUAUUUGUUGGUCCUUUUUAUUCAAUGCUGAUCUUAUGUCUUUAAGCUUUGGAACUUUGUAGACGUGGUUUUGGGUCAAUUCUUUUGUUCUUGAAUUGCAACCAUACCAUGCUUUUGUGCUUUUGAACUUUUGCACUUGUUGAAGUUUGUAUUCCGAUUCUGUCCGACAGAACAUGUCAUGCUUGGUUUGUUUUAUGGAUCUAGUUUCUUUUUAA